AUGAAAUGUCGUGUAGAUGAACUACAAGAGGUGUUAGACAACCUGAAAGUGAAUUUUGAAAAAGUAGCUGAAGAUGUUCGUACUGGUAGAUUUUUCAUGUACAACAUGGUCAGGAAUCAUGAUAGUAAGUUACCAAUGUUAGUCAGUACGAAAAGUUGCGGUGAGAUAGGAUAUAGUAGGGUAUGGCCUCAAGUAAAUACGGUAGGUACAAGUAGAGCUAAAGGCUUAGCCUAAGGCUGAAAAUGGUCUGGCCUAAAGCUGAUUUUAGGCUAAAAUAAGGCUUCAAGCAAAAUAGAAUUGAAGUUUCAAUAAAACAUUUAAUGACGAAUUUUUCAGAUCUGGUAACUCUCCGUAUUCUCCAGAACUUUUACUUCAAAAACACCUGCAAAUCAUCGCUAGAGAAACGAAAACCAAGAUUUCAACGUAUAAUUUUUUCUUCUGACCGUAAAAGAAAGUACAAUGACAUAAUUUGUGACACCAAUGUCAAAAAACCUUUGUACUCAAAGCAGUUUUACAAACAAUACAGCGAAUUAAAGACGGACAACCAGAGUUCCAUCGAAAAAACUGUAAGUUUUACUCACUUUUGCUAUUUUUGUUAAUUUUCGCUCUUUUUCCUUUCAAGUUCAUAAAAAUAAAAAACGCUUUAUGCAAAUUAAAGCUAUAAUUAAUUGUAAAAUUAUUUAUACGAGUUUGAACAUUCGUUUUAUAUUAAAAAUUAACGAAAAAAAGUGCAAAAAACCACUAGGUCCCGGCGGGGGUCGAACCCGCAAUCUUCUGAUUAGAAGUCAGACGCGUUAUCCAUUACGCCACGGGACCACGGUUCGUUUUUGGCUAAAAUAGUUGAAGAGGGAAAGACCGUGUGACCUUUCAGGAACAGAGUGGUGGAAGUUCCUCAAAACAAGCUUUAUAUUUGUAAAAUACAGAUUAAAAACUAUGGUUUUUUUAGAUUUGUCAUAUACUAAAUUUUUUCGUCAUUUUAAGGUUUUAUGGCUUCACAAACUCAACGAACUGGAAUGUGAGAAAUCCGUGGAGCUAUGGAAGAAAAAAAGGCAUCUAGAAAAGCUGGAAAAGAUCUCCUCUGAUGAAUAUUUGAAUAAAAUGGGUUCGAAAUGGCCGCUUGCGUUGAAAAAAUGCAAAAUUGAACGAAAGCGACUCUUCAGACAUAAACUUGACAUUAUGUCCGAGAUUUUGAACAAUAUUCAAAUUGAGUAG